GCAGUUCAAGUUUCAACGGUUCGUCAGUUUAAUACUGCAACUGAAAACAACGAAUACGGAAAAAUAUAAUUAUUGUUAUCCUUAUGGUACAAUUUUUAAAAAAAUCUAACAAAUAAUUAUGGAUGGACUAUCGAGUAGCGAAGAGAACGGCAACGUUCCCGCGCCUAUUUCGAGUAGUUCGGGUAAUACAAAUGUUCCGGUGGUGUUGGGAAACUGUGCUAGUGGUAGUUUAAGUGCUAGGCACUCACCAAAAGUGUGCGUAACGCCUGCUUCACAGAUUCUUCUCCAGAGAAAUUCUCUUUCUCCGAAUGUUCCAAGGAAAGUGAUGAGCAAGAACAACAACAACACAAUAUUUCCUACAUCAUAUCCAAACAAUCAAGCUGAGCUCCAGUUAUUUAGAGUGAUGCAAAAUGCGUCUCUACUUCUCUAUUACGAUACCCUCCUAGAAAUGGGUGGUGACGAUGUGCAACAGCUGUGUGAUGCAGGAGAAGAAGAAUUUUUGGAAAUAAUGUCAUUAGUAGGUAUGGCGUCCAAGCCACUACAUGUCAGGAGGCUGCAGAAGAGUUUACAGGAAUGGGUAACUAACCCAUCAAAGUUUAAAAUACCUUUAGUGCCGGGUGAAGACUUUGAAUUAGAAUUGUCAAGUCCUAGAGUGACUAGUAAUCAUGUGUUUUACUCUGAUAGCGGUGAUAAUAGUAGGACAAUGUAUUCUCCUUCUCCUGGUGGUGAUCUAUGUGCCUUACCUCCCGUAUCUAGCCCUGGCUUGACACUUAGCAACAAAAGGCCUUAUUCUCCAUUGGAUCCAGCGUGUCCUCCAUCUUCAAGUUCGAGUCCAGGAGCGAAUAUGUCCGUGCAGCUAUCUCCAAGUUUAAUGGAAAGCCAAAUAGCAAAACUUGCACAAGCUGCGGAACGUUUAAGUAAACAGUUGCCUCAGUUUGAACCAAAGCCGCAUAACACCAAAAAGAAAGUAUGUAAAGAGUUAGAAUUCGUUAUAUCAAUGCCAGAAACUGACCCUAGACGAAUGGAUGAAAUAAGAAGGUACGCUGCAAUAUAUGGAAGGUUUGAUUGUAAAAGAAAACCUGAGAAGCCUUUGACGUUACAUGAAGUAUCGGUUAACGAAGCUGCUGCCCAGAUAUGUAGGUUUAUUCCUGCUCUACUUACACGUAGAGAUGAGCUUUUCCCUCUUGCUAGACAGGUUGUGAAAGAUUCUGGCUGCUAUUAUUCAAAAACUCAGUUGUCAAGUGUUUACAUCAAUAAAAAUGUGAAUAUGGGACAUGAGCGUGAAGCAGAGAUAUUAGCAAGAGCUAGCCCAAGAAUGGGAGGUGAAAUUGAGGGACCUUCAAAUAAAAGGCCAAAAAUUGAGGCUACAUCGGAUUCAGAUGACCGGCAGGACUACGAUGACGCUCUUGUCGUAAGAACUUCAAUUCAUUCACUCUUCCAACAAAAUUCAAAGAAUCAUCAAUCAAAUGCAAGAGGUAACACAUCACGAAGAUCGUCAGUAGGAGGAGACGUAGAAGAAUCGGAUUCACAAUUCACUUACAGCAAUUCAAGUAGCCCUCAGAGAAAACUUGAAGAUACUGGAGAUAAUGAAGAGGACGCUAGUAAAUAUUCUCCUAAGGUACAAAUAAUAUCAGCAAGUGGAGAUAACAUUAUAGCAGUAGCUAAUCCAGCUUUAGCCAUGUCGUCGGCGAUUAUUCCUCCUAUUCAUUCAAAUGCCAUAAUAGAAGUUAGAGAAAAUCGGACGGAAAUAGAUUGACCGGAUAGCUGUAUCUAUAUCUCAUUUCAUUUUAUUGUUACGAUGUUUAUUAUAUAUAAUACUGUGAUUUCAUAUGUUAUCUGAAAAUCAUUAGAAUUGACUGAUACGUUGUAAGUUAUAUUUUAAGAGACAACUGUUGAGAUGUUUUUCGUCACACUGUAAUCAAAAAUCUUUUAUGUUUUCUAAUGUAUUUAUUUAUUUCUGAAAUGAGUUCAUUUCACUAAUAUUUAAAUUGCUGAAGAUUCAAGUAUAUUUUGAUAAAGUACAAUUUCAUGUAGCUAUUGUUAAUAAACUGUUUGAAUUGAUCAUUUUCUGA